AAGAAAAGGGACAGAACUCCACUCCUACAGAGGUGAAUUUUGUCUCGACAAAAUAAACACCUGUCCUAGCUAUCAACCCAUUGGAAAGGAUUCAGAUAGCAAUCGUGUACUGCAAGUCUGAGAUUUAACAACAACGUGUUUAAUAAUUUAAUGAACAAAUUAUAUGAUGGAUAGAUCUUCAGCAAGUGAAAAAAAUCUCAAAUGGUGUGUAAUUUAAACAUCAGAGUACCGGGGUAGAUAGACCAUCACAUUUACAACUUAUAAGUCAGGUAAGGCUUAAAAUCAAGUCUGGAUCGAUAUGGGAGAUUCUAAUGAAGAUACAGAUGAACAACUUUCAGGCAAUGAAUUUGUACAAGUGAAAGAAGAACCUUUAGAAAUGGAGGAAAAUUGUGGAGAUGAAAUUGGUUUUAUGAACAUGAUUGCUAGUACUGAAACUGAUACUAACACCAUUAAUACCUCUGUAACUAUCAAUAAAGAGGCUCCUGUUACCGCUGAUUCUACUGAUGAUAACACUGAAAAGACAUUAUUUUUAUGUGACAUAUGUUUUAAGCCUUUCACCCACAAGCCAAAUUUACGAAAACACAUGCGUAUACAUGAAAAAAUAAAACCAUAUAAAUGUGACAUAUGUAGGAUGGCCUUCACAAUGAAACAGAACAUGCAAACUCAUCGUCUCACACAUACGGGAGAACGUCCCCAUCAAUGUUCUGUAUGUGGUAAAACAUUUAAUCGAUCACAUCAUGUCACACGGCAUAUGGCUAUUCAUUUGAUGUCUAAAAAACAGUUUAAAUGUGAAAUAUGUUCUUUGGAUUUUCAUAGAAAAGACCAUCUCCAAGUGCACAUGAAAACACAUGAACCACCAGUUUUUCGUGUAAAAAUUUGUCCUUACUGUGGGAAAUGUUACAAAGGUGGUGUAAGAUUGAAUAAACACAUAAAGGACUUACACACUGAGACAAAGGAAAUUCCAGAAAUUACUAAGACAGUUAUGACAGCAGAAAAAACUAAUGAAUGUGGGGUAUGUGGAAAGCUGUUUGCUCAAUUAAAGCACCUUGAAAGUCACAUGUUAAUACAUUCCAUAUUACCAGAGAUCCAUGAAUGUAAUGUGUGUGGUAAAAGUUUUAGUACACUUCAACAUCUCAAAGAGCAUGACCAUUGUAAAAAAUCUCGCAAAAAAUCACUAGAAGACAAGAGAAGAAAUUGUAUAUUUUGUGGGAGAAUUUUUAUGGGAGACAAAAGAUUAGAGAAUCAUAUUAAAAAACUUCAUCUGGAAGAAUAUAGAACUUAUGGAAUGGGAGAAGCAAAUGAAAGUGAGAGUUUUCAAUUAGAGAAUUUAAAGGAAAAAAGAAAUGAAGAAAGUUUUAUGGAUGAAACCAGAAAAGGUGAAACAAAUGCCACUGUUGAGUUUGAUACCCUGGAUGUUACAAUUAAAGUGGAACCAGAGGAAACUUAACUUAAAGACAACUGUGAAUACCUAUAGGUAUCCACUCAUAAUUACCCUACCACACAAUUACCACUCCAGGUGUUGGUUCACCAACUACGUAGGAAACUUAGUUAAUGAAAUAAGACUUACUUAAAAUUAGGUCAAGAAAAAUCUCUAUAGUGACAUUAGUGACAAUAUUAAGGUUGAAAGGCAUGCAAGAAAAUUAAUUUAUUGGAAAAAUCUGCAGUUUGAAGGUACUGUUAUUUGAUCUAAGAAAAUAAACAAUAACACUAUACUCAAGAUAGGUAGCUAUAAUCAAUUAUAUAAUGGAAUUUCAUGCGACUGUCAUACAAGUGAGAGGUUUAGAUAGCUAUAAAACCAGGUUUAAUCCACCAUUUUCUACAUAAAGAAAUCCCUGUACCAAGUCAGGAAUAUGACAGUUGUUUUCCAUAUGUUUGAGCUUUUGAUUUUGCCAUUUGAUAAGGGACUUUCGGUUUUGAAUUUUCCUUGUUCUGUAUUUUUGUUAUUUUACUUUUUUUUCAUAGUUUUUGGUCAAGUAAAAAAACCAUUUUUGGACCCCUAUUCAGUCUAUAUAAAAUUGUUUUGAAAAUUGAAUUAUAUUGCACAAUUACUACGGUAUAGCUAUAUUUGUAAUUACCCAUGGUAACCAUUGCCCAUACACUAGCAAUUGAAAGGGGUUGUAUUCUGAUAACAAAAGAAAACUGUGUAUUUGCCUGUCUUGCAACAUUGAAUAGAUUGAGGAUGAAACCCAUUUCUUCUUAGUCUGUCCAUACUAUGCGGCUAUGCCUUAUUGAUUGAUUGAUUUGUGUCUAACACCACUUUCACUGCUAUUGUGUUAUUUAGUGGCGGUCAGUUUUUAUUGGUGGAGGAAGCCGGAGAGAACCACAGACCUUUGGAAGGAAAACUGACAAUCCUAGUCAAUUAAGAUUGGAAUCGAACGCACCUGCCAUGUGCCAGAUUCGAACUCACAACCUCAGUGUUGACACGCUAGUGAUACAAUAGUUUGACUAUUUAGACCACUCUGCCACCAAUACCCCCAAUGCCGUAUUGUGAGAUACCUUAAAAUUAAAAUAAACACUAACAUCAAUUUCAUAAUUUGCAUUUAGCAUAUUUAUUAAUUAUCACUGUGGCAUAUGUCCACACUAUUGAGCAACAGUUCACCUGUCAUUAUAAAAAUCUGGGCAAAAUAUAUAAAUGAUUGUCUCAUAUUACUAGUAAGAAAAUCUGUCUAAAUAUGAAAUAUGUGAAUAAUUAUGCAAGAAUACACAAAUAUUUGUAGUCAUUUUUUUCAUUUGAAAGCUACUGUCACUCAUAUAAUUACUGGCAUACAAUUGUUAAUUGUUUUUAUGUUGUUGUUUCAUGGUAUAACUAUUUGAUGUAAAUGUGUGUGAGCAAAUAAAUAUUGUCUAACUGUC